AUGGAUGACAUCGCUAACCCUACAGCCAAAUUUACUAUUGAAGGCGGGUUCGUUCAGAUUAUCAAUGGGCAACCGGCUACUACGGAGACGACACGGCAUGGUGUGAACCCUGCGAAUCUCGAGCCCAAGGAAGAGGUUCCCGUGGCCUCCCGUGGCGAUGUUGAUCGCGCCGUCGCCGCCGCUCAAGCUGCGUUCAAACUUUGGUCCGAGGUUCCGUACGAUGAACGACGCAAAGCCGUGCUGGCAUUUGGAGAUGCCCUCGAGGGCCUGAGGAUCCAGUUCCGAGACCUCCUGAUAUCGGAGCAAGGCAAGCCGAUCCCUCAGGCGGACGUGGAAACCCACUUAGCAAUCAGUUGGAUAAGAGGCCUGGCCGACAUUCCGAUUCCAGAGGAUGUGAUUGAGGACAGCGAGACCCGCACCGUCGUCACGAGAUACACCCCUCUCGGUGUGGUCGGGGCAAUCGUCCCUUGGAACUUCCCGGUCCUCUUACUUGUCGGAAAGCUUGCGCCAGCCAUGCUUACAGGGAAUGUCAUCAUUAUUAAGCCAUCUCCCUUCACACCCUACUGCGGCCUCAAGCUUGUAGAAUUGGCUCAGCAGUUCUUCCCACCGGGUGUCGUCCAAUCCCUCAGCGGCGAUGACGAUCUUGGACCGUGGCUUACAAGCCAUCCGGGGAUCGACAAGAUCAGUUUCACUGGCUCGACGGCGACUGGAAAGCUGGUCAUGCAGAGUGCGAGCAAGACUCUGAAGAGAGUGACUCUAGAGCUCGGAGGGAACGAUCCGGCAAUCGUGUUUCCCGACGUUGAUAUAGAUAAAGUUGCCGAGAAGGUCGCCUUCUUCGCUUUUUUGAACUCUGGUCAGAUCUGUCUUAAUUUGAAGCGAAUCUAUGUCCAUGAAACGAUCUUUGAGAAGUUCAAAGAGGCUUUGGUUAAGCAUGUCAAAGGCUACAACCUUGGAGAUGGCUCUCAGGAGGGCGUCACGCAUGGCCCGCUCCAAAAUUCAAUGCAAUACGAGCGAGUCAAGACUUUCUUCAGCGACAUCAAGUCCCAAGGCUGGGAAGUAGCGGUAGGAGGCGAGAUUGAGACCUCGCAGGGAUAUUUCAUCACCCCGACCAUCAUUGACCGCCCCCCCGAGAAGUCUCGCAUCGUGGUCGAGGAGCCAUUUGGCCCUAUCGUUCCUCUUCUUUCGUGGAAAGACGAGGACGAAGUGAUUGACCGGGCGAAUGACUCCGACCUGGGAUUGGGUGCGUCGGUCUGGACGAACGACCUGGAGACGGCAGCUAGAGUCGCCAAGCAGAUCCAUGCAGGCAAUGUGUGGAUCAACACCCACUUUGAACUAAGUCCCUUGGCGCCUUUCUCUGGCCACAAGGAGAGCGGCAUCGGGGUGGAAUGGGGUGCGCAUGGCCUCAAGAGUUUCUGCAACGUUCAGUCGUUGUUCUUCAACAAGCAUGUCGUGAGCUGA